CUCCUUCUCCUCCUCCUCGGGGACCUCCUCCUCCUCCUCCUCCUCUUUCUCCCGAGAAACUUCGCCCCGGCGGUGCCGAGCGCCCGCUGCGCAGUCGGGAAGAGACGCCCGCGAAGCGGUGGGCAGCGGGUGGCCGCAGCAGGUUGGGUCCCCACGGCUUUUUGGCGGAGCUGCGUGCCCGCCGCGCCAUGGCCAGGAGACCCCGGCACAGUAUAUACAGUAGUGAUGAAGAUGAUGAAGACCUUGAGAUGUGUGAUCAUGAUUAUGAUGGGCUUCUUCCCAAGUCUGGAAAGCGUCACUUGGGAAAGACUAGGUGGACGAGGGAAGAGGAUGAAAAACUAAAGAAGCUGGUGGAACAAAAUGGAACCGAUGACUGGAAAGUUAUUGCCAAUUAUCUCCCGAAUCGGACAGAUGUGCAGUGCCAACAUCGAUGGCAGAAAGUUCUAAACCCUGAGCUCAUCAAGGGUCCGUGGACCAAAGAAGAAGAUCAAAGAGUGAUAGAGCUUGUACAGAAAUACGGUCCAAAACGGUGGUCUGUUAUUGCCAAGCACUUAAAGGGGAGAAUUGGAAAACAAUGUAGGGAAAGGUGGCAUAACCACUUGAAUCCAGAAGUUAAGAAAACCUCCUGGACAGAAGAGGAAGACAGAAUUAUUUACCAGGCACACAAGAGACUGGGGAACAGAUGGGCGGAAAUCGCAAAACUACUGCCUGGACGAACUGAUAAUGCUAUCAAGAACCACUGGAAUUCUACAAUGCGUCGGAAGGUGGAACAGGAAGGUUAUCUACAGGAGUCUUCAAAAGCUAGUCAGCCACCAGUGGCUACCAGUUUCCAGAAGAACAAUCAUUUGAUGGGUUUUACCCAUGCCCCACCUUCAUCUCAACUCCCUCUAACGGGCCAGCCCUCAGUUAAUAAUGACUAUUCCUAUUACCACAUUUCUGAAGCACAAAAUGUCUCCAGCCAUGUUCCAUAUCCUGUAGCGUUACAUGUAAAUAUAGUCAAUGUUCCACAGCCAGCUGCUGCAGCCAUUCAGAGACACUAUAAUGAUGAAGACCCUGAGAAAGAGAAGAGAAUAAAGGAAUUAGAGUUGCUCCUAAUGUCUACUGAGAAUGAGCUGAAAGGACAGCAAGCGUUACCAACACAGAACCACACAUGCAGCUACCCCGGGUGGCAGAGCACCUCUAUGGCCGACCACAGCAGACCUCAUGGAGACAGUGCACCUGUUUCCUGUUUGGGAGAACACCACUCUACUCCAUCACUGCCGGUGGAUCCCGGUUCCCUGCCUGAAGAAAGUGCUUCGCCAGCAAGGUGCAUGAUCGUCCACCAGGGCACCAUUCUGGAUAAUGUUAAGAACCUCUUAGAAUUUGCAGAAACACUCCAAUUUAUAGAUUCUGAUUCUUCAGCAUGGUGUGAUCUCAGCAGUUUUGAAUCCUUUGAAGAAGCAGCUUUUUCACCUAGCCAACAUCACGCAGGCAGAGCCCUCCAACUGCAGCAAAGAGAGGGCCCUGGGACUAGACCUGCACAAGGGCCUAGCCCAAGAGUGAACAGACGCAUGUUGAGCGAGGGUUCCUUUGGCUCACCCAAGCCCUUACCUCCGGCAAGGCACAGCACAAUGCCACUGGUGAUCCUUCGAAAAAAACGGGGCCAGGCCAGCCCCUUAGCCGCUGGAGACUCUAGCUUCUUCCUCUUUGCUGACGGUAGCAACUCAUCUCCCAACCAUUCCCCUGUCAAAAGCCUGCCCUUCUCUCCCUCGCAGUUCUUAAACACUCCCAGUACCCAUGAAAACGGAGACACGGAAAUGCCUUCUUUAACCUCCACCCCGCUCAAUGGUCACAAAUUGACUGUUACAACACCAUUUCAUAGAGACCAGACUGUGAAAACUCACAAGGAACAUACCAUUUUUAGAACUCCAGCUAUCAAAAGGUCAAUCCUAGAAAGCUCUCCAAGAACUCCUACGCCAUUUAAACAUGCUCUUGCAGCACAAGAAAUUAAAUAUGGUCCCUUGAAGAUGCUACCUCAGACACCCUCUCAUAUAGUGGAAGAUUUACAGGAUGUGAUCAAACAGGAAUCUGACGAAUCUGGGAUUGUUGCUGAAUUUCCAGAGAAUGGACCACCCUUAUUGAAGAAGAUCAAACAAGAGGUGGAAUCUCCAACUGAUAAGGUGGGCAAUUUCUUCUGCUCAAACCACUGGGAAGGGGACAGUCUACACACUCAGCUGUUUACCCAAGCGGCACCUGUAGAAGACACCCCAAAUAUUCUUACAAGCUCUGUUUUAAUGACGCCAGUAUCAGAAGACGAAGACAAUGUUCUCAAAGCAUUCACAGUUCCUAAAAACAGGUCCCUGUUGAGUCCUUUGCAGCCUUGCAGUGGUUCCUGGGAACCUGCAUCCUGUGGGAAGACAGAGGAACAGAUGACUGCUUCCGGCCAGGCUCGCAAAUAUGUGAACGCAUUCUCAGCUCGGACUCUGGUCAUAUGAGACAUUUCCAGAAAAAGCAUUAUGGUUUCCAGAACACUUCAAAUUGACUUUGCUAUAUCAUUCCUCGACAUGGAACUUUUCAUGAUUGGGAGAAGAACUUAUUUUUGUUGUGGUACAACAGUUGAGAGCAGCACCAAGUGCACUUAGUUGGAUGGAAUCUUAUUGCAUUUCACCCAACUAAAAGGAUUUUAAAAUAAAUGAAUAACAGUCUUACCUAAAUUAUUAGGUAAUGAAUUGUAACCAGUUGUUAAUAUCUUAAUGCAGAUUUUUUUUAAAAAACAUGAAAUGAUUUAUCUGUAUUUUAGAGAAUCCAAUAGAUCAGUAUUUUUGCCUGUGAUGAGUUUUUUGAAAUUUUUAAACAAAAAGGUACUCCAGUAUUUCACUUUUCUCAAUCACUAACCAUACAUAUAGAAUUUUUUUUUAAAAAAAUCAGUAAAAGCAUUACUAUAAAUGUUGGCUAAUACCAUGGGAAAAUUAAUGGAGAUUGUAAAUGCUUAUUUGUGGUUAAUUACAUUGGAGGUACAUAUAUUGUACUAAACCAUUUUAUGAGGGUUUUUUUUAUAGCUUGCUUUAAAAUUAUUACUGUAUGAAAUAGUUUUAUACAAAAAUAUAUUUUUAUUCAGUAAUUUAAUUUUGUAAAUGCCAAAUGAAAAAUGUGUUUUGCUGCUAUGGUUCUUAGCCUGUAGACAUGCUGCUAGUUUCAGAGGAGCAGUAGAGCUUGGUUGGAAAGAAAAGAAACUUGGUGUUAGGUAAUUGACUAUGCACUAGUAUUUCAGACUUCAGACUUUUCUAUUUUUAUAUAUAUACACAUAUAUGCUUAUAUAUGUGUGUGUAUAUAUGCUUUUUCCUUUUGUAACACAUUUGGAAAACUUGUUUGGGAGAUUUUUAACUUUUGUUACUUGUUUUUUAUUUUUGUUAUUGUUGGUUUAUGAAAGCAUGCAUUGCACUUCUUUUUUUUGGGAGAUCUAUGUUGUUGAUGUCCUAUGUGUUGUUUUGAGUUCAGCCUUACUGUUCAGGGGCUCUGAGUUCCAUCAGUAUCCCCUACAGCUUCUAAAUGUAUGGUCAUAGAACUGCCUCAUGGAUUCUGUGUUUUCAGCUGCGGAGACAAUGACAGAGGUCAAUAGCCAGUUGCUACCUUAACAACAUUUAUGGAAGAUGACUGGCUCUGAACUUUUGAUAUGACAGUGUAUUUACUACUUACUGCCUUGUCGCAAAAAUAAAGCUGUGCCCUUAUUUUACUUA